AGUCAGUGUGAGGACAUACACGCCACAGAAAAUGACCCCCAAAGUUCGGUUGAUCAGCGAGCCCUGGUAACAAAUUGCAGAGUGUCCUUGGGAAAUUAUGUAAGGAAGAUGAAACGACUGGAAAAUGAGUUCAACACUGAUAUCAGUGCAUGCAAGAUUACUGAACAAACAUUUUGAUGGUUGAUGAAGGGAAGAAAUCUUGCAGAGAGGGAAAAGAAUGAGACCAUUUCUCACAAUGGCUGCAAUAGAAAUUAUAAGAUCCAUGACGAAACAAACAUAAUAAGACUUCGAUCAUAUCCGCCCGUGAAGCAACGAAAUUGAUCAAUUCUUGUUUGGUUUGUAUUUUCUGUGAGGUUCUCCAUGUUAUUUUAUAGCAGUUACCACUCUUUCAUUGCUAAAGGCGUUGAGAACUCUCCUCUUGAACACCACACUGAACAUCGAAAGAACGAAUAUAGUUUCCGAAAUGAGUAAGUGGUGAUGUUUAAGUCUCUCAAGCCAUGUAAGACUUUCAACUGCAGAAGGGUGGUUUUCUAUAUUCAAGAAAAACAGGGUUGAAGGGUUUUCGGUCAAUAUCAUUUUUUCUUUUCCUAUGGUGAUUUUCCAAUAUUUCGUGUGGCUUAUUUCUUCAUUUUUACUUCAAAAGAAGGAUGGAGGUAAUUGUUUCUUUUCAGCUGGCUAUUUGCGGUGGUAACACUUUUUCCGCACACCACAGCCUACUCGUUUCAAAGCAAAUUUUAAAGUUGUGUUUUCUCUUUUAACCCUAAACCCUAAUCGAAUUCAUUCAGAGGAAAAAGUAAUAUCGAGCUAAGAUUUUCACGAAUAUUUUUUAGCCUUGCGCUUAUGUUUUUCGCUAAGUUAAAGAGUACCUCUACUCCCUAACAUAUCCUGACGUGCCGGCAAAUUGGCUCUGGCUAAUGAGUUCUGAAUUUAGGGAACACACUCGUGGCAAAAUAAUUAAUUUUUCAGAGAAGUGAGAAUUGCAGUAAAGAAGACAAUCAGAGCGUUUUGUUGUUGUUUGUAGCCCAGUGAUGUCUUUAUUUAUGAGAAUUGACCACGAUGUUCUUUAACAUCAGUAUAUUAUGCAAAUUUUUUCAUCUAAAAAGCACUUGCUUAUCAUAAAAGAACCACAAAUAUGUUACCUUAACAACAAAACGAGCAUAGCUAAGAAGGGCAAAGACACACAAGGGUCAGGAACUGAAAAGAAAAGCUGACUUGUUGAGAAAGCUCUACAAAGUAUUGGCGAAAAAUAAUUCACAGAUUCUACGUCAUUUAGUAUGUUAAAUAAAUGUGGCACCUGCUUACUAAACAUAAUGAAAAUUCAAAGAAUAUGAAAAAAACACGAAAGAGUUAAAAACAAGUCUAAUUAUAGCUGUGACAUUUGUCAUCGGAAAAUCAGACGCAGGAGGAAUUUUUUAUCCAAUAGAAACUGUUAAAAUUCUCAACAAAGCAAUAAUACUCUUAUAUCGAAUAGGGAUCGCCCAAUAAACGUUCAUUUGCUGCCAAAAGAGGGAAAGACAGAGCCACAAGUCUGAACGUGAGCGCCAAUGGCGACCCUCACAAGUCAGUUAUCUUCACAAUUACCAAUUGGAGUAGUAGCAUUUGUCCUCGCUUUCAACAUUGUCCUCUCCUUCAUUGCAUCUUUUGGUAACGCUCUGCUUCUAUUAACAUUUUAUAAAGUGUCCUCUUUGCAUCCCGCUGCAAAGGUCUUGUUUGAAUGUCUAGCCGUUACCGAUCUUUGUGUGGGUCUUUUUUCACAACCUCUGUUCGUGACUGUUUUAUUUCUUUACAUUGAUCUUGGUAACACCGACAUAGAUAUUGUGUAUUACGUCGAAGAGGUUGUUUGUAUAUCCAACUAUGUUUUGUUUGGAGUGACUGUACUGAUAUCAACAGCUAUCAGUGUUGACAGACUUCUUGUUCUGUUAUUGAGGCUGAGAUACAGACAAGUUGUGACACUAAAGCGAACUCAAGCUGUUAUACUUUUAUGCUGGAUGAUUGCUGUUUUAUGCGGAUUGGUUCGUGUCUGGAGUCAAACGGUUUCGGAGAUUGUUGCUUUUGUGGCCGUUGUGGUAUCUCUGGUUACUUCCGUGUUUUGCUACGUAAAGAUCCACCUAAGAUUACAGCGGUACCAGGCUGAAGUAGAAGACAACCCUGGCGAAGGACGGUCAAAUGCAGGAGAAGAGAUAGGAGCAGGAAAAGAUGAAGCAGGCGCAAUAACGGGGACAAGAACAGCCACAGAAGAAGGAGCAGGAGUAAAAGGUACAGGAAGGGGAAGAGUACGUGCAUGGACAGCAAAAGGUUCAUCAAAACAAAGAUUAAACGAAAGAGUUCAACUAAACAUCAAACAAUAUCAGAAAACAGUUUCCAGCAUAUUUUGGGUGCAGUUGGCUUUAGUGGCAUGCUACACCCCUUUUAUAAUUGUGUCGAUAUUGAGACAUACAGUACUUGGUGGAUCAGCAAUUCAUGCUCUGUGGCUCUGUACGAAAACUUUAGUUUAUCUGAACUCAUCUCUGAAUCCCUUUCUUUACUGUUGGAAAAUCACAGAAGUGAGAAAGGCAGUAAAGGACACAGCCAGGGCGUUUUCUUGUUGUUCGUGA